AAAAGACCCCACCAGUUUGUCUGAAGUCAAAGCAGACUGCUGGCCAAUCCUCGGGUUUCACUACACAUUUGAACAUCAUCUACAUGCAUGCAAACAUGCACAGAGAUCUAAGUUCUCUUUUUAAAGACAAAAGGCUGGAUUUCAUGUGCUGGAGUUAAGAUACCUUUAACCUUUGCUCCAUAUGAGGAAGAAAAUCAUCAGCACAACUUGUGUCCUCUGGGGUCUUUUUUCAAGUUUCCAUCUCUGUUCUGGGAAAUUUGGAACGCCUAUCACUGAUGAUGUGAACAAGCUGUCCGUGUUGAAGCAGAAUAUCCCCUCUGAUUAUGAGAUUCCUGUUAGUUAUAUUCCCAAAGAUGUGGCCGGCACGUGCUGGGUGGUUCUAAAUAUCUAUCCUUUGGAGCAAAGUCUUCGAAAGCUGGCCAAUAUGUUUGGUUCCAUGUCUUCCAACAAAGAUAACAUAAUUGUCUUCAUUGCAAUGCUGAAGAGUUUACGCUUCACCUUUGAACACGAAGAGCUGGAAACAGCAAUGCAAGUCUUCCAGUGCCACUACCAAGAAAAGAGCUUACUUUCUGGACUUUACUUUGACUACAUCCAAGACCUCUUACAUGUUGCAACGCAUGGAACAUCAACCUUAUCAUGCAAGCCACCACCUUGCCUUAAUCAUCAACAAACACCAGAAGGUCAGGAGAAGAGUCGUAAACACAGCUGGUUAAAGAGAAGCCCCUUGCUUUUGGUGAUAAUACCGUUCAUAGCCUGUGUUGUGCUGAUAGUUUGGCAGGUGAAGUCUAGGAGAAGGCUGCUGGCGUGCAGCACUUCAAACAGCCAAACCGCAUCUCCUGAUAUGAUCCCAACUGUGUCUGUCUCCAUCCCACUUCAAACAGUCACCCACGCCGCUGACAGCCAGCCAACGGGGGAGGCAGUUUCUGAACAUGAGAGUGGAUGAAGCGUGAUAAAGCGUGGAAAAAUCAGUGUGGUCUGUCACUUUUUUUGCUCAAGCACCAGAGAAACUGGAUGAGAGAGAGCUCAUGUAAAGGAAAGGCGUGUUGGCAAAGUUCCCCCCCUGCUCUUGGGUCCAGACAGGACUCAAGAGCAGCUCCGAAACUGGAUACUGAAGUAAAAACAUGAAGGUGUCUUGACUGGUGAACAGCAGCUCUUAGCCGGUUGGUUUGGAGAAGUUAAAAGCCACUUUAAUGUUUCUCAGGGUGGUGUUGGGUCUCAUUUUGGAGCUUAUCAGCAGGCUUCACAUCAGCACAAUGCCACACAAGUCAGACACUGUUAUUUUAAACUGGAAGAGUCUUGAUGUUGAAGUGAUUAUCUUUUCAUUUCUCUAUAGCUGCACAUGAAGUCAAAAUAGCUCCUAUGCCGACAUCUUUGGAAAGUAUUCUGUAAAAAGUAAUAACAACAACAAAAAUGGGGGCUGGUACAACUUAUCUUGUACUUGUUGUUGACAUUGCGGAGAUCUGUUAUCCAUCAGGAAUUAUGGACCUACUGGUCACAAACAACACUCUAAUUGGUUCAACAAAUCCCUGACUUUCUGAAUCAAAGAUCUGAGCAGCUGGCAGAUAGCCAUGGCCAGAGGCCCUUUGAAUUUGGUCAUUGUGCUUCGAAGCUGUUGAACAGUGAACUAUUGCCGCUCCUCAGCCGCUGCGAGUGUGUUGGGAGGUUUUUAAUGCCUCAGUUAAGAAGUCAAUCAGUUUCAGUCAUGAGAGCAUGACUCUUAGAGUGUGAGUGCUCUUGUACUUUAUGUGUCAGAGUCCGGGAGCGAGAGACAGGACAGGCACAGCAAGGCAAAGUGAGGGAGAUAGAGGCAGACAAAUAGAUGAACGGAUGAGCUCAGUGAGGAGCAUAAGGAGGGAUUGUUCUCAUCACAAAAGAGCAGGCCGUAGGCUGGAGGAAGUGCCAGUUACAAACAUGACCAAUGUCGACAGAUCUCUAUGAAUCAACAGGCAAAGAAUCUCUGCAGACCGCAGGCUAUAUAGCCCAAUCUCCAGGGACUGGUUGGUAUUUCAAUAAAAAUACACAGGAUUUAUUUCCGUAACAGUCCAGUAACAUGUAGUUUGUUACAUAGUGCAAUGUUUUGGAUAAGGUUAAAAACCUAGAAAGCCUUUACUAUCUUCAAAGAUAUUCAAACAUUUUGAUUUUGUAACUCUAUGUGUAUUUGUGUGUGUGAUGUUUAAGAUAUUUUGUUACACUUUUGAAUGUCUUCAAAAAACAUCUAGUGUUUCCAACAGUUUCAACAACAGACUUAAUUAAAAUCCAAAUGUUGUAGAGUCAUGGUUUUCAUAUUGCAGUUCAUGUAACACUGGUGUGACUUUGGCUUUCUUUUGGCUACAGAAAAUAAUCUGUUUUUUUAUUUGUUUUUUUUUUUAUUAUUGAUUCAAGUUGAAUGUGAAGUACUAGUACUUGUCCACUAGGUGGCAAUGUUACAUUUAAUUAAAUCUAAGUUGAUAAGGGAAAAUCCAGAUCAAGGUUUGAAUUUCAGGGAUAAGAAGGCAAGCCCAAGUUCAGGAUCAAAUAUGAUCGAAAUGUUAAAUAAAAUAUCACUGGCUCUUC